UGGUGACGACGCACGCUGGAUGUCAGCAACGCCCGCGGCUUUAAAUGCUCCUCAUGCGGGCGCAACUCCUCCUCUGCGCGCCCACGGAAUUGGAAGCGGAGCAGACCACGUCCUCCUCAUCAUCCUCAUCCUUUACCAUCACCACCUCCUCUUCUUCAUCCAUCUAUUUUCCCUUUUUUCCUCGCCCUUUCUCUGUCAAUCUCUUUGGAAAGCUACCUGGAACAUCUCAUUGAGGUUUGAGUCCCAGGUGGAACGAGCAGCUGGGGCGUGACAAGAGACUAAGAAGCUCCACCGGACCCCCACUUCACCGCGCACACAAGCCGAGAAGGAGCCGCCGGGUGCCCGAUACUCGUGAUGGAUGUACCCCCUGAAUGUUUACUGGGCGCUCCUUUGAAGAUUGACUCGACGGAAGGGUUCUAGUAGAAAAGGGGUGCGUUUUUGCAGAGGAAAUAAUGCAAAGAGCGUGGAUCCUCCUCGUUCUCAUAGAAGAGGGACUCGCUCUGGCACAGAGAACUAAAGACUCCCUGGGCGAUAAUGGCAUCCAAAGCCCGAACCAAAAUGAUUGCGGAACUUGGGUGCGCAACAUCAACGGCGGAGUGUUCACAUCGCCAAAAUACCCAGACACGUAUCCGCCAAACAAGGAGUGCGUUUACAUCCUGGAAGCACUGCCCAGGCAGAGGAUCCAGCUGGCGUUCGACAAGAACUACUACAUUGAGCCGUCCUUCGAGUGCCGCUUCGAUCACAUCGAGAUCCGCGACGGGCCAUUCGGCUUCUCGCCGCUCAUCGACCGGGUGUGCGGAGGGAAGAACCCGGGACUGGUCACCUCCACCGGGCGCUUCAUGUGGAUCAAGUUCACUAGCGACGAGGAGCUGGAGGGCCUCGGAUUCCGCAUCAAGUACACAUUCGUUGCAGACCCUGACUUCCAUCUGCAUGUGGGCGGACUUUUAAACCCAAUCCCGGACUGUCAGUUUGAGCUCAGCGGCUUCGACGGGAUCAUUCGCUCCAGUCAGGCGGAUGAAGCCAAGCGGGUGAAGCCGGGCGACGCUCUGGACUGCAUCUGGACCAUCAGGGCUCCCCCUCAGUCCAAGAUCUACCUGCGCUUCAUGGAGUACCAGAUGGAGCAUUCCAACGAGUGCAAGAAGAACUUUGUGGCCAUCUACGACGGCAGCAGCGCCAUCGAGAACCUGAAGGCCAAGUUCUGCAGCACGGUGGCCAACGACGUCAUGCUGGAGAACGGCGUGGGCGUCGUGCGCAUGUGGGCCGACGAGAAGAGCCGACUCAGCCGCUUCCGCUUACUCUUCACCUCCUUCGUGGACCCCCCAUGCUCGGCCAACACCUUCUUCUGUCACAGCAACAUGUGCAUCAACAACUCGCUCGUGUGCAAUGGUGUCCAGAACUGCGUCUACCCGUGGGAUGAAAAUCACUGCAAAGAGAAGAGAUCCAGUGGUCUCUUCCACCAGAUCACCAAGACCCACGGCACGGUCAUCGGUGUUUCAUCCGGGAUCGUUCUGGUUCUUCUCAUCAUUUCCAUCCUGGUCCAGAUGAAGCAGCCACGGAAAAAGGUGGUCGCCCGCCGUCCGGGUGUCUUCAACAAAGCGGGUCUCCAGGAGGUCUUCGACCCACCACACUACGAGCUCUUCUCUCUGCGUGACAAGGAGAUGUCGUCGGACCUGGCCGACCUUUCGGAAGAGCUGGACAGUUUCCACAAGGUUCGCCGCUCGUCCACCAUGUCCCGCUGCGUACACGAGCACCACUGCGGCUCGCAGGGUUCUGUGGGUACGGGCGGGGGCAGUGGCAGCAUGAAGCACAGCCGCACCACGCUGAGCUCCAUGGAACUGUCCUACCACAACGACUUCUCCAAGCCACCACCCAUGAAGACCUUCAACUCCACCGGCACCUAUAAGAAGAGUUGCUAUGGCUAUAAGCAGCACGCGCAGACUCACGACUGCGACCAGCAGGUCAUCGAGGACCGCGUCACGGAGGAGAUACCCUGCGAGAUCUACAAUCGAGGUGUCGGGGCCACAGGCGGCGUGGGUAUCACGGGGGGCGUGGCCAUGGCUGGAGGGAUGGGUAUGUCCGGAGGAAUGGCCAUGGCAGGACCCAGUGGCAUCGCCGGGGGCAUCGGCGGUGGGAUGGGGGGAGCCUGCGGCACACUCACCGGUGGGAUUGGGGGAGCCUGCGGCACGCUCACCAUGCGUGGCAACAGCGCCCGGAACAGCACCUCCGUGGUGGUGGACCCGCAGCAGCGCUCCAUGUCCAUGGACUUCUAGAAGAAGAAUCUUCUCUUCGUGGGAGUUGGAAAACUGGGAUGAGGGAACCAGAAGCGAACCUUAGUGGUGUAGUAACACCAACAGCGCUCCAUGUCCGUGGAUUUACAGAAGGAGAAUUUGCCCUUUAUGGGACUGGGAUUAAGGAACCGGAACAUUUCCAACAACGCUCCAUGUCCAUGGACUUGGAGAAAAAGAAUGUUAGCUCUGUGGCGUUGGUAAAUGGAGAUCAAGGAAGCCGAACUGAACCUCUACCAACAGUGCUCCACCUCCAUGGAAUUCUCAAAGGCAAAUAUUCUCACCCGAGGAUGGCAAAUCCUGUUUCAAGUUACCAGAACAACUGGAACAACCAGGAUUGUCUGAAUUCCGAUCUGCAUGCAGACACUUGGUUGGACCAAGUAAGCAGUCAAAAAGAAGAAUCCGUCCAGAGACUUUCUGAACGUUUGACAUCACCUGCCAUGCACAAAUAUAAGAGAUACAAAUGUAUAUAUAAAUAGUGUGUCUUCAAAUAAUUUAUUUGGGGUUUUUUUAGGGGGUCCCCCACAGCUAGGAUUGGUUUUACCCAAGUAGAUUAGUUCAAAGACUCUUUCACACACCGGUAAUCGAACUUGUCCUCAUCACAUAAUCAUCCAGGCCGUUUCUCCCCUUGCCCAAGCUGGGUUGCAUCACAACAAACCAUGUGACGCCACUCUCUUCACUUAUUGGUCGCAGGAAUGUAAACGGAAAGUAAUUUUGACACACAUCAAGAAGUACUGCUGGACAAUCUAGUCGACUGGCCAAUAGCCAAGUGCACUUUAAGGUGGCUAAAGUAAAUACUUGACCAGUCAGUCAGCAGUCACUUGUGUUGUUGUGUCACCAUUAUGACAUUAAGUGUCUGAUUGGUUCAUUCCGAACCGUUCAUUUUUAUUCGGAAAGGUUCCGUCUGUUCUUGGCGGUCACAGACCACUUGGUUUUGCCAACGCCCCGUUUCCAUUUGUGUGUUAACACAUCACAGAACUGACCACAGCAAUGUGGAACACAAAUUAGAGUUAUCAGAAAAGGGACCAAACUGUGAAAGCGCCCCCUAGUGUGUGCUUUGUUGUGAUGUGAUUGGUUUGGUCUGCACCCAAAUUCAGUUCACAGACUUCACUGAGUUCAUUUCGAAGCGUUCAAAGAGAAAAACACAUGACGGUUGGAUUCAAAUGGAUCAAAGCGUGAAUGCACCCCUAGAACUAGUACAGUAGUGUGUUUGGAUUGAUCGAUUGAUUUUGGGCUGGUUCAGUUAUUCCAAUUAUCUGAAUAGCUUUAUCCUCACGAGGGUCGCGGGCGUGCUGGAGCCUAUCUCAGCUGACUUCAGGUAGUCGUUGAGGUACACCAUAAAUGGCUGCCAGCCAAUC